UAUAAACAAUAUUACUAAACUGCCGGUCCGUGUUUAGUAAACUUUUGUGCUGUGCCGAACAUCGCAUUUAACUUUAACUGGUACAGUUUAGUGGAAGAAUAACGCUGCAAGUUGACUGGAUUCUACGUUCGAGCAGGCAUGGCAAUGAAGGAAUGGCUACAAUGGUUACCGCCACCUCGGUCGCUGCUUGCGUUGCUGAUCGCCGUGGCUGGCUUCAGCGGCCGGCUCUUCGCUGCCCACGUCACACAUUCACCAACACUUCUCGUCGAUACUUGCCACUCUCUAUGCCGACUUGUCGGUCUUAUUACUACUUUACUAGCCUACAAGUAUGAACGUGCAGAUGAAGGCACUGGACGCGAGGGUCGGCUACGGAACACAUUUGGAUGGGCUCGUAUUGAAGUUGUGGGCCGUCUAUCCGUGCACAUAUUAUUCGCAUCCUUUGCGCUAGCCCUCGUUGUGAAUGCACUGCAACUCGGCGUGCACUCCUCUCACGUGCAACCGCCUCGUUACCCGAGAGUGAUAGUCAGCAGUGCUGUCAUUGGUCUCUUGUUUAAUGCCAUAAACUACAUGCUACUUGCUGGUAGAGAACUAAGCUACAGUCGACGGUUGAGUAUGACAGAGGGAGGCGAAGUUAUACUAAAGACUGGAUCAGCAGAGCCUGUGCUCGCUCAUGCGCCCACUGACAUAGCCAGUAGUCUAUUUGUGAUGGGAGCAGGCUUGACUCUGGAAUGGGAACCCAUUGCAGCUAAGCUAGCCGACCCAGCUCUCUCGGCUAGCGCCGCCAUCAUUCUCGUCAUAUUUAACUAUCCCUUCAUGCGGGCUGCUGGGCUAGUAUUGCUACAAACGGUGCCUGAAGGUCUGGGCGCGUCCGAGUUGCGCGCGGCCGCAUUGCGCGUCCCCGGCGUGCUCGCCAUACACGAGCUGCACGUGUGGCAACUGCACAGGGAUCGACUGGUGGCUACAGCGCAUAUCUCCUAUGAUUCGCAAGAGGCAUAUUUACGCAGUUCGAGUGUCGUGUGCGAUAUAUUUAAGCGACAUGGAAUUGGUUUAGUUACAUUACAACCAGAAUUUACUCUCUCCGCCAUCUCUGGUACAGACGAAGAAAAGAAAAUGUUGAUAGAUUUUGCAAAUGUGGCUUGUUCCUGUCCCUGCGCUAAAGAGUGCACCGCACCUCGGUGUUGCCAAGCUGCUCAGAUACCCUCCAUUACUCGCAUUUGAAUAUCAUUUCUUAUUGAAGAUGAGUUAUCGGACCCAAUAGCAAUUGAAGUCCGAGACUGAAUGUCCGUUGGAAAAUUAAACAAACAUAGGUAGGUAUACAAUUCAGUUAAUAAUGAGAUUAUUAUAAUUUGAAUCAAAACAUUUUGAAAACGACGGCGAUUGCGAAUUUAUUUGAUUAUGAAUGUGCAGAUCAUUAUUAAGACAUAUCAUUACAUAAUGGUAACAGGGUAAAGUUUGUGCUCAUAUUAUGAAAAAUUUAAGCGUUUAAUGUGAGGCUUUUUGUUAUACAAUUAAUAUUAGUUAAAACUUUAACGGAUGCACACGAAUUAAACAUGAAUAACCGCUCAAUUUUAUUAAUUUAAACGCGUAAUGAAUUAUUUGUACAUAUUAUAUAUAAGUAGUAGAUAAGAUUGUACCACAAUAACAGAAACUAGUACAACCAAAGAACUUUCGGAAGUCAUAGAAAAUGUUUUUAUAUACGUAGCAGUUAUUCAUUUAAUCAUAUCGGAGUGAAAGUCGACAAGACGUGAUAGAAGGUCGGGUCGAUAUUGUGCGUAUAUUUUUACUAUUUUUAUACGAAACAAAAUAUCACUUGUUGUGAUCGAGAUUAUAGUCUAAUAAUAUAAUAUUUUUAAAAAGAAAUAUAUUCAAUAAAAAUUAUUACGUGGAUUUGAUAUUUAUGUUGAUUUUGUUACAUUAUUCCCACCAGUUAAUUAUAACCUCAUUGACAACUUGCCAAUUUAAUUAUAUUAGUUAAGGAUUAGUGUUUGUAAAAAAGAUAUACUAUAAUUUAGUUUUUAAGAAAACUUACGAAAUUAUUAUUAAAAGUGAUUAUUAUUAAAUGGCCUUACUAAUCUUAUGCUAUUUUAUAAUUGAUAACUAAAGGAGGUUCUACAAUAAAACGGAGAGGCAUAAUUGAACGAUUUAUUAAAAGAUACAAUCAAACAAACAGUGCCUUAUUCUUAACAAUUUGAUUAUAUGUAUAGAUUUAUGUAAUUCACUAUUGACUUAACAAAGAAACCAUAACAAAUACUUAUGGAAUUACUUAUGUAAUUUAGCGAUGUUUAAUUAAACUCUGAUCAUCUCUUUCUGCCAAAACUGAUUUGACAUUUGAAAGAAGAAGAUACAGCGUUGUUUACCUAAUCACCACUUAAACAAUACAUCGCUAAAACCGUUAAUAACUAACUUAGACUUCUAUUCUAUUUGUAUGAUAAUUAGUGUGAAAACUUUAAACAUCGUUUGAUAUAUCGACUUUUUUUAGUUAUCCGAAUACUAGGUAAUCGAUUCAAAUAAUUGUGAUGUUCCUAGACAGUAUUAUAUUAUGGAUAGCCCGUUGAUAAUGUUAUUUAGUUACUAAACGAAUUACUCUUAUUGACAAUAAUUAAGAUAAGUUGUAUACAAAGUUUUGUUGACUAUUGUUUGUAAAAUAAAUAAUAUAUAUGAACAAUAAA